AUGACUGAUCCCCACUCAAACCAUCAUCAUCAUCAUCAUCAAUGGUUCAAAUCCGACUACUAUCUCCACCACUUCUCCACCCCAACUCCACCCUACCACCACCACAUGUACAGUCAUCACCACAACUACGACAAUAUCGACAUAAAUUACCAAACUACCCCACCUUCUUCACCUCCACUAAAAGAAGCUCUCCCUCUCCUCAGACUUACUCCCUCAAAACAAGAACAAGAACCCUCUUGUUCAGACAUGAUGGAUUACUUCCCCAACAAGAAAGAAAACAACAGCAACAACAACGACGACGACGACGACAACUACGGCGGCGGCGGUGUUACGGUUGCUCUCCGUAUAGGGUUACCAAACCCUAGCGCAGCUGAUCUUGCUUCUCUGCUAUCUUCUUCUUCUGCAGCUGAUGAUAAAGAAGAUGAAGAUGAAGAAGAAGAAGAAGCUAAUCUAUUAGGUUUUAUUAAUAAUAAUAAUAACCAAAUCACAAAACUCAACAAAGGACAAUAUUGGAUUCCGACACCUUCCCAGAUUCUCAUCGGCCCGACCCAGUUUUCUUGUCCGGUUUGCUGCAAAACCUUCAACAGAUACAACAACAUGCAGAUGCAUAUGUGGGGGCAUGGAUCACAAUACAGAAGGGGGCCGGAAUCUCUAAGAGGAACACAGCCAACAGGAAUGCUAAGGCUCCCGUGCUACUGCUGUUCGCCAGGCUGUCGAAACAACAUCGACCACCCUAGGGCGAAACCCUUGAAAGAUUUCCGAACGCUCCAAACGCACUACAAACGAAAGCACGGGAUAAAGCCGUUCAUGUGCCGGAAAUGCAGCAAAGCGUUUGCGGUUCGGGGCGAUUGGAGAACGCACGAGAAGAAUUGCGGUAAGCUUUGGUACUGCAUUUGCGGCUCCGACUUCAAGCACAAGCGGUCGCUAAAGGAUCACGUUAAAGCCUUCGGGCAUGGACACGGAGCGUACGGUGGGGCCCACGCGGGGUUCGAAGAAGAAGACGAACCCGCAUCAGAAGUUGAACAAGAUAUGAAUGAUCAAUAAUAUUUAUAUAUUAAUUAAUUAGUUAAUUUUAUAUUUAAGCAGACU